AUGGCAUCCGAUGACGACGACGUCGUGUACGAGAUCCCGGACGACGAGUGCGGAAGCAGGUGCGAGGUCGGCGACGCCGGCGCCGCGUCAUUUGGCGGCCCGUCGACUGGCGCGCGGUCUUCCGCGACCGUCGGUGACGCGGCGGCGGCCUUGGCUGUUGCCACCCGCCUGUCCGACGACGAGUUGUUGUCUUCGUCCAACUCGGGCGACAACAACGAGGUCAAGGAGGCGACAAAGACGGGGGAUAUGCCACCGCAGGCGCAGGUCGGUGCAGGUACCGGUGGCGCGGCUUGGGGCGAGUCUUCAGGCUCGGGCUCGGACACCAAGGACGCGUGGGACGACUCGUCGAGCGACGGUGAGGGCGAGGGCAAGAGCGGCGCUGACAAGAGCAAGACGAGCUCGGCGCCGGCGUACGGUCGAGUCGGCGGGAAGAAGAAGGGCAAGAACGCGCUGGGGAAGAAGGGCAAGAAGGGCAAGGGCAAGGGCGACAAGAAGAAGAAGGAGUACGGCACUGUCGAUCUGCCCGACUACGACCCGCACGCGGUCGGCAACGAGGGCAUGGGCAUCGGGGCAGAGGGCGACGACGAAGACGGAUUUGGCUUCGCCAAGCGCGCAGAUGCCAUCGCCGCCGAAAAGGCCCGCCGCCGCCAGCUCGAGGAGGAGUCCGACUUUGCCCACACCCUCGACACUUUUGCUGGCGUCGUCGCCGCCGGCCCCGUCGAGACGGUGUACAAGGAGGUCGAGACCGGCGUCGGGCCCGACUCCAUUGACGCCAUGAAGCCGUCGUCUGUCACCGACUUUAACGACUUUGCCGCUCGUGUCGCCGACAAGCUCACAGAGUUUAGCUCGUCCACCCACUACCUCGUCUGCAUGGAGAAGCUCAUCCGCUCCGCCACCGGCGACAUGAAGGUUGCAGACAUCCGCUCGCUCUCGCGCACCCUCAACGCCAUCGCCAACGAGAAGCAGAAGGAGGACAAGAAGUCUGCCAAGAAGGCCAAGAAGAAGAAGGGCGGCGUCGCCCUCAAGAUGCGCGCCAACAAGACCACCUCGGACUUUAUGGACGACCCCUACAUGGGCGACGACGGCGGCGACGACGACUUUUUCAUGUAAGCAAUGAAAUCCUGCCACGUAGCGCAA